AUGAAUGCUAAGGUGGGGAUGGACAACACAGGCAGAGAAGAGGUGAUGGGUAACCAUGGGGCAAGAGCCGUGAUGAAUGAAAAUGGUGAGAGGUGGGCGAACUUCUGUCAGGCAAACGAGCUGGUAAUCGGUGGAACGCUGUUCCCCCAUAAGGAUUGUCACAAGCGGACAUGGAGAUCUCCUGAUGGUGUUAUUGUGAAUCAGAUCGACCAGCUGGCAUUUAGCAGGAGAUGGAGGAGUUCACUGCAGGACGUUCACGUGCUGCGUGGGGAAGACGUUGGGUCAGACCACCAUUUGUUGAUGGCAAAAGUCAGGCUAAAGAUUUCCAAAGUGAGGAAAGCGGAAAGUGGCCGGGUGCGUUUUGAGGUCAGCAAGCUGAAAGACUUGGAGGUUGGGAACGCAUUUAAGCUAGCGCUGCACAACAGAUCUGAGGGUCUACAGCAGUUGAUGGGGAAGGAGGAGAUGCUAGUGGAUGACGAAUGGAGGCUGAUCGAACAAGGUGGUACACAAUGGACAGAGGAUCCAAUCACUGAAUACGAGGACGGGGUGAGAAAAGGCUGCCUGAUAUCUCCCCUGCUGUUUCUAGUCGGCCUGGAUUUGGUGACGAGGAAAGCCUUCGACAGGAUGAGAGGUAUUCAGUGGACCUUUAUCACAUGCACAGAUGACCUUGACUUUGCCGAUGAUCUGACCUUACUGUCGCACAGAAUACAGGAUAUGAGGCAGAAGACACGAGCCUUAGAGAUACAAGGUGCGAAGGUAGGCCUGAAGAUCAAUGCCAUCAGGACAAAGUUAAUGCGUAUUGGUACCAAACGUGGCGAUGGUGUGUCGAUUGCAGGGGGCAGAUUGAGGAAGUGGGUGAGUUUACAUACCUCGGGAGCAUUGUAA